AUGGGCAACAACAUCUCCAUUCUUCUUCCUGCUGAGUGUGGAUCUCUGAAACUGACCCACCAACAUGUUCGCACUAAAACUGUUAAGAAGGCCGCCAGGGUUAUCAUCGAGAAGUACUACACACGCCUGGGCAACGACUUCCAUACCAACAAGCGCGUGUGCGAGGAGAUCGCCAUUAUUCCCAGCAAGAAGCUCCGCAACAAGAUCGCAGCGUAUGUCACACAUCUGAUGAAGGGGAUUCAGAGAGGCCCUGUGAGAGGCAUCUCCAUUAAGCUGCAGGAAAAGGAGAGAGAAAGUGGAGAUAAUUAUGUUCCUGAGGUGUCUGCCUUGGAUCAGGAGAUCAUUGAAGUAGAUCCUGACACUAAGGAAAUGCUGAAGCUUUGGGACUUCAGCAGUCUCUCCAACUUGCAGGUCACUCAGCCUACUGUGGAGAUGAAUUUCAAAACGCCACGUGGAGCUGUCUGAAUCUUUCUGCUAGGCUGUAAUAUUUUCAAUAA